AUGGCGGCUGCCCCUUCCCUGAGGACCCGCGCUGGCAGGCCCUUCAGGGCGCUGCCGCUGCUCGUCGGGGUCUUCAACCCGCUGUCGGCGCUGGGGGACCGUGCUGAGGACAUCGCCGACGAGGCCGCCAAUUUCGACGUCUUCGCGUUAGUCGGCACGCAGUCCAAGGCCCCCCCAGGCUACACACAUGGGCUCCAGUCGGACGUGAGAGCCAGACUGAUAGUUGAUUCUGGCUGGGGGCCAGGAGUGUUCACAAACAAAUCGGCUGGGUGCUGGAUUAUGUGGGGCAGGCGCUUCGACAAGUCCCACCUCAGGCGUGUCUUCGAGACACCAGCCGCACUGCAAGGAAGAUUGCUAGCGGCCAGAUGCAAGAACGGGCUGAUGGACAUUACGGCGGUGGCGAUGUACUUCCCACCGAAGCCGAAGACGGCGAAAGCAGCGACUCACUACCGAGAGACCUGCACGCACAUGACGCAGUGGCUGGACCAGGUGCUUCUCAGCACGCCACACCCCUCGCUACCCAUCAUCCUCACGGACCUCAGCGACGGCAUCGGAAACAGCGCGACCAAGAGCAACGGCUACGUCGGCGAGGGCGUCAUCAAGAAGGAGGCGGCGACGAAGGAGUUCUUCAAAGGAGCAGGAGAAUGUCUACGAGAAGUGCUGUACCGGCACCACAUGGCAGUCUACAGCGACACGCUCGAUCCCACCUGGUUCGGCAAGAACGAGGAGACCUCGAGGCUGGACUGCGUUAUCGGGCCAGUAUCGUGGAAGGAAGCUUGCACCAAGGCCGCGCCUCUGCUGAGGAUGGGCAGAAGACUGCAGUGCAUUCCAGACAGACAACUGCGCGACCAUGUUCUUGUGCACGCGACGAUCAUGCAUGACAAACUGGCCACAUGCGACGACCCAGAGGCGAGUUUACAACGUGAGAAGUGGAACCUAGAUUCGCUAGUCUACGCGCUCCGACACGGAGACCUCAAGCAUGACUUCCUCACCAAGCUCAACGAGGCGUUGCAGGACGACGUGCCCCGCUGGGUACAACUUGGAAUGCAGGAGACGCCCGACGCGAUCUCCGAGUACCUGGAGCAGAACAUG